AUGGGAAUAUAUUUAGGAAUGACUGAUUCUGGAUUUACAUUCCGAGAUACCAAGUGGUACAAUUUGACAGACGGACUGUGUAGUCUCAUGGAUGAUGAUUGUGUUGGCCUUUCACUUGUAAAUAUACUUUUAACAAAUAAUAAUUUAAUAAUCCUCACGACCUUGGGCCUCUUCAUCAGUCAAGAUCUGCGCUAUCCAACUGGAUCUCCUUUAAAGUUUACAAAGCCAAGAUUCUGUGGAUUUGAAUGGGAUGAUUAUUUCAGUGCAGAUACAUGGUAUAAUGUCCAAUGUUUAGCUAACCAAGGAAGUUAUGAAGUGGAUUAUAUUAGCCUCUCUUUCAAACAAGAUAAGACAUUGAGCCAGGUAUCCACCUGUUUCUAUAGCUAUGAUCCAUUUAAAGAAUGGUACAGUUGUCUGCCCUAUAGAACUCAGGAUACAAAAAAAUUUUCUGGGCGAGUGGUGGCAUUUCUUAUUGACUAUCAACAGGACACUGCAGUAGCUCUUAUAACUAUUCAGAAUAAGGCAAAGGUUUCGGUAUACAAGAUAACAGACCACAAAUUGCACACACGGACAAAAUUUCCAUCAUUUUGGUUUCCAGAUACUAAAUUUUUUCCUACUGGAAUGUUUUUCCAUCCAAACAGUCACUUUCUCUAUGUUUAUGGAAACCAGGUAUGGUUUUCUGAUGAUGGAGGCAACACUUUUGUGCUAUUAUUGAACCUGAAGAAUGAAAUAGUUGUGAAAAUAAAUACAUGUGUUUACAGUCAGUCAAUUACUUUUGUAACUAAUAAGGGAAGUAUCUUCUAUACUAAGGCAGGUUUUGAAAGAUAUGCAAAACUUACGACUUCACAACACAGUGUUUUUACUUUGUACUUUGACCACUUGGGAGCUUUACAUCUAAUUGUUCUGAAUGAGUCAGACCCUGAUUGUGUGGAUAUAAAUCAACUUAAUUUUAUUUCUUUACUUCAGGAGACUGACUUAGGUUUUGAUAACCCAUUGGUUGUACAAUAUGUCACUGAAGAGCAAGUGAUAUUUUUUCAACAUAUCGCCUUGAAUAACAGCUCAAGUGAUAGACCAGAGCCCAGAUUUACUCAUGUACAUAAAGACCAAAUACUAAUUCAAGGGUCAGUAGGAUCAGGUGUGAUAGUCAAUAUUUUCCAACAUGACCAUCAUCCAUACUAUUUAUCUUCAAUCAUCCUAGACAUUCUGAAAAAGUUUCACAUUGAAUCUGAAAUAGACAGUCCUUGUGCAGUGAAUGUGUUAACUAUUUUUAAGGAAUCAGACAGCAGCUCAGUUAGGCUUCAUAUUUCAAAAUCUGAGGAGGGCAAAAAUUUUUCUAUCAGCAAAAUAUUCAUGCAGUCUGAUAUAGAAAAGAGUGUGGUGAUUCCAGGCUAUAGCAGUUUCUUGAUCAUUGAGAUUAAAGAUGAUCUGAAUGCUUUGGCUCAUCCUACGAUGCCUGACAAAGUGCCUUUCAACAAAAGUUUCCAGCCAUAUACAUGGUUCUUAUAUGACUUUGGUACUAAGAAUGAAAGACAAUGGAAGAUUAAGGUAGAUGAUUGUAGGUACUGGAUACAAGAAGUUAGUGAGCUACCAAAGAAUGCCAUUAAAUACAUGGAUCUUGGAGAAGUCAACACAUUUACAUUCAGAGUAACUCCUGUUGAUACAGGCUUUCCAGUUUUUCAUAUUCCAUUGAUGAAGGUAGUGGUUGGAAAUCCUUCCCUAGUUGAAGUGGAAACCAAAGAAUACUGGGAUGAUACUGACAGUUACAUAAUAGAAUUCUCUGUUAUAAGCAAGUUUUAUAAACAAGGCAAAUCUUCAGUAGCUGUGAUACUCACAAGAGCAUCACUUAUUUGUGACAUAUCAACUUUUGUCAUAACACUAAAAACUGCCUGCUCGUAUGGUAAAUCUAUGCACUACAUCCCUCCUGUUACAAUCUCAACUGAAAAUUGGCUGCAUGGAGAUCCAAAAGAUGACCAUGGCUUCAAACUGUUAACACAGCUUCCGGUAAAUUAUAGGCCUCCAUCCGUUCUGGGAAUAGCAGUUCCACUCACUGAUAACUUUUAUAAUGCAGACCCUAGCAAACCUAGAAUGAGAGAUUAUUUUGAGAAAUCAAAGACUUCAGGAACCUACAAGAAGUGUGCUAACAAGUCAUCUCGAGCAAAAUGCAACUGCACUGACAAUGAGAAACUUUCUUUUUCUGUAGCCUUCUCAGACUGCAAGGAGAAGGCUUUUAGGAUGAAGUAUCCAGUUAGAAAACUUCCGAUCUACUUCAUUAUUAAAAGUAAAAGAGGAUAUAAAGACCUGACAUCUCCUUAUUUUGUCACAAUCACAGAAGUCAAUCAGCGGACAAACUGGGAAGUAGCAGGUACUAAUGCAACACCAAGCAUGUUAAAAAUGAGAGCAUAUUUAAAAGGAAAACUCAAUGCUACACUGUAUAAUCCAGAUGCCCUGACCCUAAAUAUAUAUGGAUCUGAGCUUUUCCAUUUCAGGGUAUCAGUUAUUCCUGGAGUUUCCUUCUGUAACCUGUUUGAUGAAUUUCAGAUUUAUGUUGAUGAUGCUCCAUUGGCCUUCCCAGGACAGUAUCUUACUAUCUCACUAACAGCUGUAUUAAUAGGAGGCAUUAUCUUUGUGACAUUUAUGGUGCAAGUGUAUGAUGUAAAUAUAUGGAAAAAAAUUAAAAGUAGAAGUUGGAGAAAGAACAAAAUAGGAGCAUCUGAAACGAGAACUACUGAUACAGACAAUUCUGCUUCUUCCUAGCUUGGAUAUCUGUAUAUUUUCAAGUGAACUGCAAAGCCAGCUGAACUCAGUAGCCAGUUACCAGCCCUUUUCCCUCACCUUAUUAAGUCUAUGUCUUUCUUAGAUAUUUUAGUAGUACUUAGAAGUAAUUUAUUUUAUAUUUUAUGUUAUUAAUCUUCCUCAGUUGAUGUUCCUGAAUAUGCAACUUUUUUGUCAGAAUUUGGUUUGUCUUUAGAAGAUACGCGUUUUGAAAUCUACAGGAAAAUAUACAUGUUUGCAAAAUUUUGUUUUACAAAAAGCUUUUGAGAACAUGUAAAGUACUUUGUUAUGUUUGUUUGCUGUGAGGUACUACUAAACCUGAGCAAAGUGGCAGAAUAUGGCAGAAUCUAGCCGUAUUCCUCUCCUUACAGAAUAUCUUGUGAUUAGCUUAUCUAAGAACUUGCAACAACCAAAAGAACUGUAAUACCUUGUUAAAAAUAAAGACUACAUCUGAAUUAGU